GGGGGGGGUUCUUCCCUGCGUGCGCAGACAAGCGGCGGACAGUCUCUGCGCUACCGCUCGGCUCUUCUGAUCCACAACAACACAACCGACAGUUCAGGGAGGGCAGGAGGCAGGGAGGUGGUCUUUGGAAAAUAUACGGCGUUAAAAUGACGAUGUCCGUCCCGGAGAGGAAAUCAGGAUCAGAGGGGAAAGAGGAGGAGAGCGAGGAUGAGAGUGAAAUCUUGGAGGAGAGCCCGUGCGGACGCUGGCAGAAACGGAAAGAGCAGGUGAGCCAAGGUAAUGUCCCAGGUGUGGAAAGUGCCUCUCUGGCCAUGGACACAGAGGAGGGCGUGGAGGUGGUGUGGAACGAGGUGCUCUUCUCAGACAAGAAGGUCUUCAAAGCACAGGAGGAGAAGAUCAAGGAGAUGUUUGAGAACCUGAUGCAGGUCGAACACCCCAACAUCGUCAAGUUCCACAAGUACUGGCUGGAUAUGAAGGAGAGCCAGGCACGGGUUAUAUUCAUCACAGAAUACAUGUCAUCGGGCAGCCUUAAGCAGUUUCUGAAGAAAACUAAGAAGAACCACAAGACUAUGAAUGUAAAGGCCUGGAAGAGAUGGUGCACCCAGAUUCUCUCUGCCCUCAGUUAUCUGCACUCUUGUGAUCCACCGAUAAUCCAUGGCAACCUGACGUGCGACACCAUCUUCAUUCAGCACAACGGCCUCAUCAAGAUCGGCUCAGUGUGGCAUCGGUUAUUUGUUAAUGUUUUUCCAGAUGCCAGCGUCCACGGUAAAGCGAGGCAACAUCGCGAUGAGCAGAGGAAUCUUCAUUUUUUUGCUCCAGAAUAUGGAUCUGACGAAGAUGAUUAUGCCAUUGAUAUUUUCUCUUUUGGCAUCUGUGCUCUAGAGAUGGCAGUACUGGAGAUCCAGGCCAAUGGAGAUAUUGCUGUGUCCAAGGAAGCCAUCAUCACUGCAGGUCAAUCCCUGGAAGACCCUCCCAUGAGAGAGUUCACCCAGUCAUGUUUGCGUCACGAAGCCAAGCUCCGUCCUACAGCUCACGACCUUCUGUUCCACCGAGUCUUGUUCGAGGUCCACUCCCUCAAACUGCUCGCCGCCCACUGCCUCAUCAACAACCAGUACUUGCUCCCAGAAAACUGUGUGGAGGAGAAAACCAAGUCCUUUGACCCCAACGCUGUCAUGGCAGAGAUUAAACAUGAAGACAGACAGGGAGUUCAGCUCAAAUAUUCCCAUGUGUCCCCGUUGGAACUUGACAAGUUUCUGGAGGAUGUCAAGAAUGGGAUUUACCCCUUGAUGAACUUCGCCUCAUCUCGACUUCACCCCGUCCCUCGAGCCCUCUCCUUGUCUCAGGAGCAGGUUGAGACGGUUAAGACGCCGACUCCUGAACCCCAGGAGACGGAAACAAGGAAGGUUGUUCAAAUGCACUGUAAUUUGGAGUCAAAUGAAGAAGGGACCAAAACUCAUCUGUCUUUGUUUCUGAAGAUGGAUGACAAACUUCAUAGACAGCUUAGCUGUGACAUCCUUCCAACUGACACCUCCAAAGACCUUGCCAGUGAACUUGUUCACUAUGCCUUCAUAAAUGAGGAGGACAGUGAGAAGGUAGCAGUGUUCCUGGAGGACGCCAUCAGCCGUCACCGGGUCAAAGCACUCGCCUCUGGGAGCACACAGUGAGGAGGGGUCACGCCAGUGUCUGGCCCAGAUGGAGGGGCCCAAGCCAUGACCACAUGGAUCAAAUAAUGGAGAAGGCAGCGGACAGUAUGACACAGCCAGGAAAGAAGCUGACCCAGCUGGAGAUCAAAAAGAGGACAAAUACAGAAAGAUGCUGGGCUGGGACAGUCAGUAAAUCAUCCUAGAGACAACAGAGAAACACCAGCGCUGAGAAAGAAACCAAAGGCACCUCUGGUUAGAGGGCCAGAGGCAUCAUGGCUGUGUUCGGCAAUCCCACAAAACAGUGGAAGAUUUUUAAACUAAAGAGGGCUAUCAUGCCUUAACAUGUAUUGACAACUUUUCCAUAAUACCACUAUUCAGACCGUAAAUGUUUUACUUACAAAUGCAGCAGCUGUGUUUUCAGAAGGACAUUUCAUUGCUUGUUUGCACUCCAGUGUCCACUUUGAUUGGUGAUUAUUUACUUUGAAUUAUAAUCAAAGUAAUUUACUAAAGCCCCUCUCCCGUACAAGCCACAGCCCUCCGUUUAUUACAAUUUGAGGAAUUUAAUAUUCCGUCCAACAUGCACUGUUAAUACUCAUUCAGUUGACUUAUUUAUUUCUGUUAAACUGUGAACAAUAGAAGCUUUACACAAGCCUGUAUUUUUUGUGUGCUUUUUAUGAUGUGCAAAGUUAACACACCUCACUGCACUCUUGGAUCAAAGUCUACUUCUUCUAAACACACCAUGCCUAAACGUAGUGACGAGCAAUGAGAUGAUGCCUCUCUUUUAGCCUGUAGUGCUCUUAAGGGUUUUCCCUGUGAAAGUGUUCUGAAAGCCAAAGAUUUGCAAAGUGCCUGAAAUGGCAAUGUACUUUGGACAAAAUUUCCUUAUGAAACCGUAUCAUACCCAACUUAACAAUUUGUAAUUUAACUGAUUCAGGCUGACUUUUAGUUUUAAAUUCAGAUGCAUUGAUUCAUACUAGUUCCCGUCUCUUAUCACGAGUCCACAUAGUCAAUGUGAGUGUGAAGAUGAGCCUGACAGUAAUGGCAGCUCCAGUAAGAGCUGAAGCCUUUGUAUGUUGGACAAAUGGAUCAGGUGAUAAGCUCUCUGCUGCAGUAAAUGUCCGUUUGGAAAGAUCUGCAGUUCAUGUACAAAUAUUGGAAUAAAUCACAAGAAGCUUGGGAAGUAAAGAUCCCAGUCCUGUAUAAAUGGGAUGAAUGGUGUUGGUGAUGUGAUUAAGACUUGCUAACAAAACUUGCCAUAUUGUUGAUAUUACUGCUAUACUUAUUUUUGCGGUAUUUCUUAAACCAUCUAAGGAUAUUUGAUAACACUGAACUUGUUUAGUGUUAACAGGUGUUUUAAAAGAAAAAUCUACUCAAAAAUCUUUAAGAAUGUAUGGUUUAGCAUUUUAACUUGUAUGUAAUCGAUAACAGUGCUAACCUCUGGAGGUUUCCAUGGGCUACAGGAGAUAAAACAGAAUCUCUGAUAAAAGAGAGGAAUAUUUUGUUUUGAACAUGUUCCUGUCCGAGUAUCAGAUCUACUAUUUCAGACAAUUACAGUGUGAACUUGGGGAUUUAUUGCACUGCAGCCCACACAAACACAAAAAUAGAAUGCAGUCCUUCAGCGCUGCCAAAUUUUCUUGUAAAGAAUCCAGUCUUGGCACUGUAAAAAAAGACAACCGUUUGGGUGGAUUUUUUUCUCUACAAAACUGGACAACAAAAAAACAACAAUAACGAAUUGUCCGAUUGGUCUUCCGCGGUGUGGUCUUCUUUGUCAGAUUCAUUUAGCUCUGCUUCUUUGGUUUCCCGGGUCUGUACGGUCGCGGUUUCAAUCAGUGUCAUUAGUACUUACUCUACUCUGUGUCAAGCCUUCUUAUCAGUGUGUCUCUGAAAACAGGAGCCCUGAGUUCUCACAGACACUCGCCAACUCUGGGCUGUGGUGUACAUAUUUAUCUGUGGCUAUUAAAGGGGUUUACUUUUAGAGAGCAGUGCCACUAUUGCUCUCAUUUGAUUUAGUAAGCUGCAUGUCUUAAUAGCCUGCAACGAUUCAAAACUUUUGCCUUUGUCAGUCACAGUUUGGUUCCAGAGGAGACCUGACCAAGAAAAUGAAUGUUAAAUAAAAAAUAUAUAUCCAUAUCAGUUUUAUUUUAUGUAAAAUUACUUCUUUUCCUGUGAAUCUGUAGAAUGAACUUGCCUUUGGAUGUGUUCUACUUAAACCUUUGUUAAAUAUUGUAGCUAUGGCAAUUAAUUACAUGACAAUAAACAUAUUGACAUGAUG